UAAAAAAAAUGGCUGCUGUGCGUCUUCCGUCGUCUAGUACACUGUAGUCUCUUUAACCACGCCGGUCCAAUUCUUCUUGCUCAUCAGCUCAAGUCAUUUAUUAACAAACAACUAACUAAACAAUCACGCUCUGCACCAUGGGUAAAGCGAAGAAAGGCAAUCAGCCCACAAACGCCCUCAAGGUCCCACCAAAGUCCAUCAAAGAGGGUCAAGUGAAGAAACAGAAGGUACAGAAGUUCAAGCAGACACCUGCUGGCAAAGUUCCCCUUGUCACCAGCAAUGGAAAGGCCAAUGGAAAUUCCAAGCCCCAAAAGAUCAACAAACCAGUAGUCAAGGAACCUCAGUCGCCGUCUCCGAAAAAGAACCAGAAACAGAAUAAGCCGGCAAAAGCAGCUCCCCCUCAGAAGUCACCUCAGAAGAAGAAAAACGCAGAGUUGAAGAAGAAGCAAAAACCUCAAGACGAUUCAGACACAGACGAAGACAUCAACGAGGGGAUCUCCAUACCAGAGGACAUCAGCAAUCUUGAGGAUGACUCUGAUGACUCCUCUGAGGAGGAGGAGGAGACUCCCAACAUCCUGGGAGAGAGCCUCGCUAAUUCUUCGGACGAAGAUGAUGAAGAUUUCGAAGGAAGUGAUGAUGAUGAUGAGGAUGAGGAGGAGGAGGAGAAAGUGGAGGUGAAAAAAGGUGUGAAGAAGUUUAAGGGAAGCAAACAAAUUUCUCCUAAAGCUGCUUCAGAAGACGACGAUGACGAUGACGAGGAUGAGGAUGAGGAUGAUGACGACGAGGAUGACGAUGACGAUGAGGAGGAAAACUUUGACAAGAGUGGCCUCUCAUCGAAGAAUUCUUCGUUGAACACUUCAGGAGCAACAAAUGACAGUGAUGACGAUGAUGAUGAUGAUGAGGAGGACGACGACGAUGAGGAUGAUGAUGGUCCAGGGCUGAAGGACCUCCUAGGUGCGGCACUGGUCGAUCACGAAGACGAUGAGGACUUCGAUAGUGAGGCUGAAGACGAUGAGGACGAAGAGGACGAGGACAUGAGUGAAGAUGAUGAUAACGAGGAGCCCGCGGACGUGAAGAACGUCAGCACUGAGUCGUCAAAGUUUAUUCCUACAGAGGAUAAUCCACGGUUGAGUGAGGCAGAGAAAGCGGAGCAGGACACCAGGACCAUCUUCAUUGGAAAUGUCCCGAAGGAUCUCGAAGAGAAGGUACUCAGGCAGACAUUCAGAAAAUUCGGAGAGAUUCAGAGCCUCAGGGUCAGGGGGGCCAUUCCAGAGAGUCCCAAAAUGAAACCCAAGGUCGCCCACAUAACGAAGAAAUAUCAUCCCCUUUCGAAGACGCUCUGCGUGUACAUCGUCUACAAGUCGAAGGACUCUGUGAACAAGGCCCUGUCCUUCAAUGGUCAGAAACUGGCUGGCAAUUACAUCAGAGUUGACAGAAUUGGCCAAGCGAGGGAGGCAGACCCCAAAAAAUCCGUCUUCCUUGGCAACGUACCCUGGGACAUUGAGGACAACGAGCUCUGGGAGACCUUCUCAAAGUGCGGAAAGAUCGAUUACGUCCGCACCAUCCGAGAUCGACACACCGGCUGCUGCAGGGGAGUCGCUUACAUAAAUUUCGCUGACGCUGAUGGAGCCACCCUGGCCCUUGACAUGGAUUGCACGCCAAUCAGGAAGCGUGAGGUUCGAGUCAAUCGUUAUGACCCCAACAGGCCAAAGACAUCGGCUGGCAAAGGUGGAAUGAAACGUAAAAAUAUUGGCAAAGGACGGACAGGAUUCUCGAAGAAACCGAAGACUGAAGUCGAGAAGGCAACUGAGAACAGUCUGAAUGCCCAGAAGAGGAAGAAGCAGAAGGGCUCUCCCGCACAAGGUGGAGGAUUCCAGGGACAAAAAGCUGAGGGGAAAAAGGGGGGACCUAACAAGGGAAAUAAGUUCGAUAAGAAAAAGAAAAAUAUUGCUGCUAAACUACUCGCUCCUAAGAAGUUCAAGGGCUCGCAGUAGGGAUGAGGCAUAUUUAGUUUGUAAUUAAUUGAAUAUGGGACAGGGGAGUUAAUGAGUGAGGGAAUGACUGAGAGAAUGAGUGCGGGGAUUUUAAUCCCUUGAACAAUGAGUUUCAAUAGCUCCUCAUUGUAAAGAUAAUUUCGUAAAUCAUAAAAUUCAAAUAACUCCGAAUUACUUUUUUCUAAGUCACUCAUUAAUUUAUUGAAACAUGAUUAACCCUCCGAUUAAAUACACCCACAAGGUCACUAAUUCUAGCACUUGUUGUACUUCAACGAUCAAACAACAGAGAACUUCGUGAGUCUAAGUCAUCAUAAAUUUCAGAAAAUGGGAAAAAAAAAUUUAACCAAUAUGGACAUGUUAAUUAUCACUUUUAUUAAGGCUCUUAACUUUACUCUGUAACUGUAUCGGUAAGUUGACGUUAUUGUUGGCACAUUCCUUGCAAAAUCGUUUGGUGUAGAAAAUACUGCAUCCCAGGCACACAGUUCUCUCACAGAGUGAGCAGUCACCCCCCAGGACGAGAACUUCUCCCUUAUUGGGGGGACUAAAGGGAUCUCUCAUGAUGUAGCACUCCUCGAGGUACAGGAUAUCACGUGAGAAUGGGGGCUUGCUUCCCCUGUAGUCGAAAUGCUCCUCUAGAGGACAGAGAAAACAUCUGAAGGUCCCUCCUGGGUCUUUAUCACCUCCUUCAGAUUUUUUCCCGUCGAUUUUAUCGUUGAUCGAGGCCCUGGAAGGAGAAACAGGGAAAAUAGACGAGUGCAAGGGAUAUAAUGAAACUCCAAAGGGUUUUAUUAUACAAUUCAUUAUUGGUAUUUGCUGUACUCAUUGUUGUUUUUCUUAUGAAUUAAUUAAAUACAAUUUUCUACAUA